AUGGCAAAUAACAAUGGUUAUGUUAACUUAUUAGCGAGCCAAGGAUCAAUUGACCUUGGCUCAUCACAACCUUUUUUCUUUACCGGUCAAAGUAGUGAUGAGUCUAGUGUCAAAGAGAGGAGAAAGUGGACACCGAAGGAGGAUUUAAUCCUCAUAGGUGCGUGGCUCAACACCAGCAAAGACCCAAUAGUGAGCAACGAACAAAAAGCUGGUGCCUUCUGGAAGAGAAUUGUAGAGUACUACAAUUCUAGUCCUCUCCUGGUUGGGACUAUCCCACGAGAACUUGGGCAAUGCAAGCAAAGAUGGGCUCGGAUCAACGAUUUGGUAUGUAAGUUUGCUGGCUGCUACGACAUGGCACUGAGGGAGCAGACAAGCGGGCAAAAUGACAACGAUGUGAUGAAGUCUGCCUUGGAUAUCUUCCACAUUGACCAGAACCAGAAGUUCAACUUGGAAAUGAUUUAA